AUGCAGCUCUCUCACUUCGUCCUCGGUAUUCUGACUCUGCGAUUCAUUGUAGCUCUGCUUGAGAUUCGGGAUGGCAUUAAAUCGCCCAGGGUUCAUCGGUCACCACCGCAACUGUGGGCAUUAGAUCUCAUCCUGACGCCGAUCCCCGAAGAGUCCCUACCGAAGACGCCACUCAACGUAAUUGAUCUCUCUGAAGAGAGUUUUGGCAGCAUGAAAUUCGAGCUGCUUAGGGACGCCCUCAGGGCUGCCCGCCGGUCAGUUGCCAAAGACAUGGCGAUUAUCAUCCGGUUAUUCUUCCCCGCGGAGAGCGGCUACGUUGCAAGAUGCGACUUUCUUGAGCGCCGUUUCGAAGGGUGCGAAGCCGUCAAAGUAGCAAAGUCUUUCUUGCCGCCUCUUUCGUCCGUUCUUGCGGUCCCGCAAAUCCUACCGUCCAUGAGCUCGCUGAAGCCAAGCUCCGUCAGCAUCGUCUCUCAAGCGAUCGGCGGCGUGCUUCUCAAAUCCACCGCGUCUCACGAGCUCGGCUCAAUCCUUCAAGAAUUGGAUCGCGAGAUGGAAAAUCGGCUAUCCUUUCCGUGGAUUCUUCAGCAGCAGGUCAAGCGACGCCGAGUGUUCUGGGUUCAGGGACGCGAGGACUUUGAAUCGAGUCGCCGCGCCUAUGAAGCUGCUUGGGCGCUUGGCAUCACUCUCGUCGUUCUUGAUCAUCCGGGUCACUGGCUUGAAGAUGAUCGAGGUCCUCACGCCCACCUUCGGGAGGCUUUCGUCCCCACCAAUAUCGAUAUCGACGACGGCUUCGCCCAGCGUAUUGUUAACGCCGUGCAGAAUUACCCACAUCCCGUUGAUGGUAUCACUACCAUCAGCGACGUACGACUGGCUGGAGUAGCAAAAGCUUGUGAAAUACUCGGCCUUCCAACGUCGCCGUCUGCAGCAUACAGUAUUGCAGGAGACAAAGCCGCCACCAGGAAUCUUGAACCCAAGGACUCAAAUGAUUCUUUCGCGGUCAACAGCUCUGCUGAUUUGGACGCCGUUCUGGCGCACAGGAGAGGCAAGCUCGUGUACCCCCUCAUUGUCAAACCCUGCACCGGCUGGAACUCGGACUGCGUGUCCAAGGUACACGACGAGCCCUCUCUCUGCGCGGCUGUCGCUCGCGCCUCAGCUCGGCAUGCUAAUUCUCCCAACCGGAGCACUGGCGUCGUCGUUGAGCCCUACAUCGACGGUCCAGAGGUUGACGCAAACUUUGUCAUACUGAACGGCGAGAUCCUCUUCUUCGAUAUCACAGAUGACUUUCCAAGCACGGCGGAUUCGUCCAGCAGCAACGAAACAGAGAAUGAUGCCAACUUCAUGGAGACUUUGAUGGUUGUACCCUCCGGGCUCCCGUUGAAUGAGAAGGAAAUGAUGAGAGAGUGCCUGAGACAGAGUAUCCUCCGCCAGGGUUUUGAAUCUGGCGUUUUUCAUUGCGAAGCCAGGGUGAGGCACUCUACGGCACGCUACGCACCCCGAGAUGACAAUGGACUGUUGGACCUUCAGGUCUCUUCAGUCACUGGCGAAACGAAUAACGCCACCGCUGAGCCAUCUUGCUACCUUCACGAGGUGAAUGCACGGCCUCCAGGAUACCUUAACACCGUUGGUGUGCUGCUCGCCUACGGAGUCGACUACUACGCAAUAAGACUGCUCUUCAGUCUUGGCUUGGCGGGCGAAGAGCGCGUCAGGGCGCUCUCCCACCCGUUCAGGGGCGACGGACCGCAGUACACCCUCGGCGUCACCAUCCUUCCCGCCAGACGCUCGGGGGUCAUGGACACCGAGGAUGCGGUCGAGGAGCUGAUGGAUCGCCACCCGUGGCUGCGGGACUGCAUUGUAGACCACAAGACCUGCAAGAAACGCGGCGAUGUCGUCCAGGGGCCCGAGUCGGCGGAGCUUUGGUGGGUGGCUUAUGCCACGGUAGCUUCAAGGGUGGGACGGAAAGACUGUCUGGAGAAGGUUCAGUUCGUCAAGGAUCACUUUUCGUAUAAGCUGAUUGGAGAGUGA